AUGGCGUCUGUGGCCACCUGGGCUGACGAGAACCGCAAACAGAUGCUCUGGUCCGGGGCAAUGCACUUCGUCAAUGCAUUGGAAGAUAACCCACCUUCUACAUGUGCGUUUCCCGGGCCUAGCGGUUGGGCGGGGAAACAAGGGUCCAACGUACUCGACGGGAUCAAAAACACGACACACCUGCUGCAAAAAUGGGUCAACCAUGACGAGAGCGACAUCGUCGCCAAUGAGGCCUUGAAAUUCUUGAUCCAUUUCUUGGGCGAUAUGCACCAACCCCUUCACCUCACAGGUAAACAUCGGGGCGGAAAUUGCGUCGCAGUGCUCUUUGAAGAGCAGGAGACCACCUUGCAUAUCCUUUGGGAUCAUUUCCUUGUCGCCAGAGCUAUCCGCACAACUUCCAGCAACUACUCGCGUCCUCUCCCACUCCGUGAGGUUGAGGAUGCCCUCCGCGGGUCGACAUACGACCCAUUCAUCCGCAGAAUUGUAUCAGAGGGCCUGCUUGGUGUAUGGGCCGACGACCUCAAAACCUGGUUUAGCUGUCCUGCACCCAACACGGCGUCAAAAGAUAUUGUCUCUGACGUUACCCGGAUCACACGGGGACUUGUCAAUGUCGGGGUGGAAAUUAACCCCGAUGGUCCUAUUGUAUGUCCUUACUAUUGGGCACAACCCCUGCACGAGCUCAACUGCGAGCUCGUAUGGCCAAAGGAGCUUGAGAGUCUUCCUUACAACCAACCACAGUUUGAAUCUAAUAGCGCCGUGAGCAGUGAAUGCGAGAAAACCCCGCCUCUGGAUCUCGAUGUAUCCAAGUACGCGGAUGUCAUCGAAAGGGACAUGGUCGUCGAGAAGCUUCUUGCUCAGGGAGGCAUUCGCCUUGCAGGACUGCUGAACUAUAUCUUCGCUAACAAGAGCCAGCCUACAUUACCAAUAACAUGGUCAGACGACUUUGAAGAAGCAAUGUAA